CAAGAAGAGAAACAGAGGAGAGCAGGGAGAUAGAAAAGCGUCGGUACCUGAGAAACUUGGUGGUACUGUACAGACCACCCAUCUUCUCCGCCCCCGGAAAAACCCAACCCCGCCGGACCUUUUAUGGAUCCGUCGGGUUCCGCUUCUUUCGACAUAUACGAGAUUUAUUGCCGUUAUUGUGAUAUCAAAAGAGAAAAUGGGUAUGGGGAAGGUCACAUACAAAGUGAUGAAAUGCAGGUCGUCAAACACUCAAAGGAGGCAUUAAGUCAGCUCUUAAACUUGGUGGACUCAAAACUGCGUGCCAGGGUAUCAAUCUUUGAUGAAAUUGGGAAGCUUAUGUCACAGCUUGACUUGGUGGUAGACUUUUCGGAAUUUUCGUGCUUCUAUGAGUUUGUUUUUUUCUUAUGCCGCGAAAGUGGUCAGAAGAGUAUCACCGUACCUAAGGCGAUUUCUGCAUGGAGAAUAGUCUUAGCUGGGAGGUUUCGCUUGUUGAAUCAAUGGUGUGAAUUUGUUGAGAAAAACCAGCGGCAUAACAUCUCAGAAGAUACUUGGCGGCAAGUGUUAGCUUUUAGCCGGUGCGUGCAUGAAAAUUUGGAAGGGUAUGAUCCUGAAGGAGCUUGGCCUGUCUUAGUAGAUGACUUCGUUGAGCAUAUGUACAGGUUUUCAGGAUCUAAUGUUAAUUCUAACUCAUGUAAUUGUGGCGACUCAGAACCCUGGUCAUGCAUAAAUGAUGAACCUCUACCUGGCUUGAAAAGUUGUCCUGGUUUGAAGAGGAAAAUUGCGGGGGAUGUUGAUAUGGAUGAUAUGGAGUCAUCAUCAACCUCUUUCGUACAGUAUACAAACUUGAAUCCUACAUUAAGCUUCAAGAGGACUCGGGUUAUGUCUUGCGGGCCAGCAAAUGAUAUACCAGUGAAUCAUGUAGAUGAAUGCAUGGAAGUUAUCAGACAUAGCAGUCCAUUAAAUUCUUCAAAAUCUCCCUGUUCUGUUGAAGGUUCCUUGUCAAAGGGCUUUGCGGAGCUCUUACGGGACAGGGGAGUUUCAGUUACACAGAAGUCACCAAUAUUCUUUCAGUUAAUGUAGUUCUAUGCUUUGGAGACCAAUUAGGAUAGCUGUAUUGGUAAUGUCUUUCACUAACUUUGUUGGCUGAGUGUUUAUAGUCCUUGUUCUACAAUUGAUGAUAAAUGAAUAAAAUAAUUUGUUUUUCUUGAUACCUUAGAAUAGUAUUGUGAAUUAGUGA